UUCGCCUCAGCUUAACAGUCCAAUAGCAGUCGGUUCCGUUAAUGCGCGAGCGAGAGAGCGAGCGGUGACGCGCGCGCUGUGAUGUGACCGGACAGCGCUUUCCAAAGCAGCGUCUGUCUCUGCUUCUACGCUUUUCCUUUGCUCUUCUUCGGCUUGUACAGGGACACCGGACUCGGCGCGAACAUCACGACGACGGGAAUGUGCGGGCAGCAGCGUUCAGGACGCCGGGAUCGCCAGCUUGUUCCCUAAUACCCGGAUCUGCGUUAAGUUGGCCUCAUGGAGCUGGGGGCUCAGCGGCGGCUCGACACAGAGGAACACGGCCUUCACUCGGCCCCCGACGGCUGCCCUUGAAGGGGGGGACCCUCUGAUUUUCGAUUCCUUCCCUCGCCACGACCCCGCCAUGAUCGGGAAGCUGAAACAUAACCUCCUGGUGGCCUGCUUGGUCAUCAGCUCCAUCACCGUCUUCUACCUGGGGCGGCAUGCCAUGGAGUGCCACCACCGCAUCGAGGAGCGGGCCCGUCCAGGCGGCUCCAGCUUGCUGCACGCCACGCUGCGCUCGGGGCAGAACCUGAGCUCCGGCGCCGGCACCUACAACAAGGACAUGCCACUGAUCUUCAUUGGGGGUGUCCCCCGCAGUGGCACCACGCUGAUGCGCGCCAUGCUGGACGCCCACCCCGACGUGCGCUGUGGCGAGGAGACGCGCGUCAUCCCUCGCAUCCUGGCCAUGAAGCAGAUGUGGAGCCGCUCGGGCCGCGAGAAGAUGCGGCUGGACGAGGCCGGCGUCACUGACGAGGUCUUAGACUCGGCCAUGCAGGCCUUCCUGCUGGAGAUCAUCGUCAAGCACGGGGAGCCGGCUACCUACCUGUGCAACAAGGACCCCUUCGCCCUCAAGUCCCUUUCCUACUUGGCCAAGAUCUUCCCCCAUGCCAAGUUCAUCCUCAUGAUUCGGGACGGCCGGGCCUCCGUCCAUUCCAUGAUCUCACGCAAGGUCACCAUCGCCGGUUUUGACCUGGGGAGCUACCGGGACUGCUUGACCAAGUGGAAUCGGGCCAUUGAGACCAUGUACACACAGUGCUUGGAGGCGGCCGACAAAUGCCUGCCCAUGCAUUAUGAGCAGCUAGUUCUGCACCCCGAGAAGUGGAUGAGGACGCUGCUGCGGUUCCUCGACAUCCCCUGGAACGAUGCUGUCCUGCAUCACGAGGAGCUGAUUGGGAAGGCGGGCGGCGUGUCACUCUCCAAGGUGGAGAGGUCCACGGACCAGGUGAUUAAGCCCGUCAAUGUAGAGGCCCUCUCCAAGUGGGUGGGCAAGAUUCCGCCAGACGUGCUGCGGGACAUGCCGGUCAUAGCCCCCAUGCUGUCCCGCCUGGGCUAUGACCCACAUGCCAAUCCUCCCAACUACGGGAGGCCAGACCCCAGAGUCUUGGACAACACAAGAAGGGUCUUUAAAGGUGAAUUUCAGCUACCUGAUUUUCUAAAAGAACAACCACAGAUCCCAAAGUCUCCAGAGAAGACCAAUCCCAGUUAAGAGGAAGCAGAGGGUUCUCUGGAUGCUGGCUCCAGUGAGGAUUUGGGAUGUGCAGCUCUCUCCUUGUGGGUGGGGAAGAACAGGAAGAUCUGGUUAGGAGGGCUCUUGGACACCUCUUGCUCUCCUUUCUACUGGAGACCUGCUCUGGCCUUUGAUGUUGUACGUUGUACUGUACUUUCACAACCUGCAGCCUAAGAAUGUCAUCGCCGUUUUUUCUUUUUGGUCACAUCACUCAUUUUUUAUUUCUCUGUACAAAUCAGUGAUUGUUAUAAGAAGCAGUGACUUUAAAUACAAAGAAGGUAUUUAUGGAAGAAGAUUUAGCUUUUUAAAGAUUCAGUAUCUAUUUUAAUUUUUCAUGCCUUUCUAAUAGUGGAAUUCCAUGGAUGCUGAUCUCAAUUUCGGGGUUUUGGCCAUGUAAAAAAAUAAACAUUUUUGUAACCGCUGUCCACCCUGAAGUGACCUUUUUGUAUAUGGAGGAACAUAAUAAAUGAAUUCAUCAUUAAA